AUACCGGUUUGAGUCGAAGCUGGUUGCGAGGGAAGCGAUCUGAAAUGUUGAGGACUUGAUCAAGUCAUUUCGCCAUUAGGGGUCCACUUUAGGUUUAGUAUAUAGACACUUGACGGGAUGUUGCUAGUGUCUGAUUUACAGCAGUAACUGGGGGACUAUAAAGCCUUCGAGUGGAGACAAACCCGCCGCCGGCUGAAACACCACAGCGUUUCAACACCUGCACAGCACUACACAGAUGGCCCGGCUGUAGACAAGAUGGCGGGCCUGGAGCUGCACGAGGCUGCGGCAGUGAGCGACUAUGACAUGCUGGAGGAGUACCUGCGCAGCGGCAAGUUUGACAUCAACUUGAAGGACGAGGAUUGGCACAACAUGACUGCCAUGCACUGGGCCAGCGCUAAAGGGUUCGGGGAAGGGAUCCGCCUCCUGUUGGAGCAUGGUGCCAAAGGUUCUUCUCGCACUGAUACAGGCUGGACUCCCGCUCACUGUGCAGCAGAGACUGGUAAACUGACGUCGUUGCGAGCUCUACACAACGCAAACGUUCCAAUUGACAGGAAAGACAAGUAUGGCGACACCCCCCUGCGGAUAGCCACGAUAUACAAUCACAAAGACUGCAUCAAAUACUUGAAACAAGCAGAAGUGGAGCAGAAGGAGAGGAGAGCUAGGUUGGGUAUUGACGAAAACUCCGAUGACGACUACGACGACGAUGACGAGCGAUGUCGCAGUGGCAAGUGAAGACGUUGAUAACGUCACUGCUGAUGCUUCCAUGUAUAAGUUAUCCACGGGGUGAAGUGUGGUUACGCUGAUGAUACACUAGCGGAUCCAGAAGGGGAUGCGAGAUUGGUCACACUCCCUUGUUUCAGACACUGAACACCUUAACUGCGUCCUUAGUCAAGUCGUUGUUUCAAAAAUAUAGCUUGUUUUACAUGAUAAUUUCUCGGGAAAACGGUUAUGAUGAUAUGUAUAUUGGUUUGCCUCUUAUUAUUAUGAAAAGAAAGUUGUACACAUGAAUGCUCUGACUGAUACGGUUGGUAUUACAAAAAGGUUUAUCUUAAAGGGACACUUCGCUCUUCAAUCAGGCAGUCCUUCGUCCCCCAGCUCAUCGACGUAUGAAUCUAGUUGUCGCUUAUCACAAUGUGUAGACCUCACUGCAAGACCGUUGAACAUACACACUUUUAAACAAAUACCUUCUGCCCCGGCCUUCUCCUUGAGGGCCAUCGACAAAGACGUGACUAGGAUAUAUUUAAACAGGUGUCAUAUCAAAUGUACCGUUGUGUCUUUUCAGCUGUGCUGUAAAUGACUGUUCGUGUUAGCUUUAUCCAGCUUUCAAUCUAAAUACUAACUGCUAGUCACGAGUUUAUGAAUGUUUGCAUGCAUGUACACAUGAGCCCAUAUAAAUCUUACUGCAGCUACACGUAUAUCCCAGGCGGCUAACAUUUCAGUUAUUGCCUGUCCUCACAGUUGUUAUCAUCAAAGAAACGUGUUUACACAUUGAUUGGUAAUAUUGGAAAUGUAUGAUUGACCAUUGCUGAACUCGAGUCUCAGAAACCUUCUGUUCCAGGACAUAGAUGAAAAAGUAAUUGUAGUGUUUGUGUAAGUAGCGUGAGAGAAUAUCAAAGUGAGCAUUUCUUGAACCAAGUUUUCUUUAACCUCCGCAAAUACCAAAUCCCCAGCGCCGACCAAAUAUUGUGUGUGCGCGCGCGCGCGUGUGUGUGUCUGUCCGUGACUGUGUGCCUUUGGCCUUUAAGUGCAUUUAUCCUGAGACGACCUCCCUACCCCUGCAGCUGACCCCGGAGUGAACGUCUUUGCCUUUAUCACAUACUGCGGUAGUAGAUGUUGCUGUGAAUAAAUAACAUCGGAAUUGUACGUGUACGUUUAUGAUGCUGAAACAUUUUUAACCAUUCUAUGUGAACAAACAUGACUCACUGAGAGUACUGUGAUAAAUAAACUAUACAUAGAUCUUA